UUAAAGUUCGCCCGUGUCACACUCCAGUCGCUGGGUGGCGCUGUCGCACAAACAGCGCCGUGUCGCUGCUCCGCCCCGCCUCAGCAGCGUCAGCAGCAGAGAGUUAUCAGUUGCCUAGUGAUGACAAACUAUCGUCCGCUGUAGUUUCAUGUCUGUUCAAAAUCUCUUUGUGGCACUGAGCUGACUCGAAGUUUGUCACAGAUUUUUUUUUCCAGAUGUUUAUCUUUCCGUUUCUACUAGACCAUGGGACAGAAUACCACCAAAACUCUCGUUUGGAGUGUCGUGUAACGUUGUAGUGCCUUAGGUCGCUACAUGGAGAGUAGUAAUGAUGAAUAAUUACGUUUUCAUUAGGAUCGUCGGGAAAGGAAGCUAUGGAGAAGUAAACUUGGUGAAAAACAAAACAGACCGGAAACAGUAUGUUGUAAAGAAGCUGAACUUAAACACGUCCUCCAGGCGGGAGCGGCGUGCUGCGGAGCAGGAGGCGCAGCUUCUGUCCCAGCUCAGACACCCCAACAUCGUCACCUACAGGGAGUCCUGGGAGGGCCAGGACUGCCAGCUGUAUAUUGUGAUGGGCUUCUGUGAAGGGGGUGACCUAUACCACAGGCUCAAACAGCAGAAAGGAGAACUCCUGCCAGAGAGACAGGUGGUGGAGUGGUUUGUCCAAAUAGCCAUGGCACUUCAGUAUCUGCACGAGAGGAACAUUCUUCACCGGGACCUUAAAACACAGAAUAUUUUCUUGACGAAAACCAACAUCAUCAAGGUUGGAGACCUGGGCAUCGCCCGUGUAUUGGAGAGCCACAAUGAUAUGGCCAACACACUCAUCGGGACCCCAUAUUACAUGAGUCCAGAGCUCUUCUCUAAUAAACCCUACAACCACAAGUCAGAUGUAUGGGCCCUGGGUUGCUGUGUGUAUGAGAUGUCCACACUAAAACAUGCCUUCAAUGCCAAGGACAUGAACUCGCUCGUGUAUCGCAUUGUUGAGGGAAAGCUGCCACAGAUGCCUAGUCGGUACGAUCCCCAGCUCGGUGAUUUGAUCAAGAGCAUGCUGUGUAAGAGACCAGAGGACCGGCCUGACGUCAAACUUAUCCUCCGGCAGCCCUACAUAAAGCGACAAAUUGCCAUGUUUCUUGAGGCCACCAAAGAAAAAACAGCCAAGUCAAGAAAAAAAUCUGUGGCUGGCAGCGGUGAUUGUAGGACCAACAAUGCACUGCCUGGGGCUUUGAGUGAACCGAAACCUGAGAGGCUUGCUGAGAGUCCUCAGCCUGGACAUCUUGUCCGUGUGAAACGAAAAGAAGAAAAGUCAGAACAGUGUAAAAGCCAUGAUGGGUUGGCAGACUUCCCUCAGGCACAGAUUCUACCCAAACCAUCCUCACCAGAUGUUCUCAAAGUCAGCAUCGCCUCCAUGGCAACCGUCAGCAACAUUGAUAUUGAUAUCCCCCUGCAGCAGGUUGAUGAUGUGAUGAAGAGACAAGGGCACAGGUCCCAUUCUGUUAUGCCACACCAAAAACCAACCAGUGAAACCGUGACUGACAGCGCAUACAAAAGCAGCCAGGGACAAGGGAAACCAGAUCCCUCACCCCCUUCUUCUCCUAUUAAGCCCAUUCAAAAGGAUGUAUCAGGUAGAAGUAGCAGGGGAGGAGAAGAGAGGACAUCGCCCAAUGGAUCAACAGACAUUCAGCCACAGGCCAGACAAAAACCUGGAGAGACAUUUUCCGUAUUUGGAGAGAAACAGAUCUUAAAUAUGGAUCAUAAGGAUGACACCAUGGAGCUGCUAAGAGAGGCUGAUGCCCAGAACCCGAAUUUAGAAAAUAUUGGAGUGGUUUUGGAUGUGAACAUGGGCAGUAAAAAUGCCACCUUGGACCUCAUCAAGCACACUCCAACACAGCAGCUGCAAACCUUCGACAUCCAUGACAACCUAGAAACGACAGAAAAGCUUUUGGAGCCUCCUCCAGUGAUUCCAGUUCAGGAGGAGGCUUCCUCUGUAGCCACCGAGCAAGAUCAGGUCUCUCCUUGUCCAAGUCCCAACUGCCCGCCAAACCCCUUUUCAUUACAGCAACACAUAGGCAAACACAAAAGACAGACACAAGGAGAUAACAACAAGGUGGCGGCUUCGAGACCUUUACCUCGACCCCCAGUUGAGAGUCUUACUGUGGAAGGGAAGAGGAAGAGAAGGAAGGCCACAGAAAGCAAGAAAGCCAAAGAGACCACAGCCUCCACAUCAAUUACGUCCUCAAAAGACGAGCUGUUGGCUCCACAAGUCCCAAAGGACCGUCCCCUGUCUGCCAGAGAGAGGAGGAGACUGAGGCAGUCCCAAGAGACUGUCAGCCAGUCAGGUGAUGGUGCUUCACGAAGGGCUUCUUAUGAUGUCACUUCCCUAAAAUCUGAGAGCCAGAUUGUUUCAGUUACUCGAUCUGCUUCUUAUUCGAUCACAGAGUCCAGCAGUAAGGAUAAGCUGCAGGAGCAAAAGUCUGACGAAGAUGAGUGCUGUUCAUCCACAAGUUCCACAGAGCGCUCAGAGGGAGACUGCAAGGAAAGCAGAAAGACUGAAUCCAGUGACAUGCAAGACUUGGUACAUAUGAUGACUCAGACUUUGAGGAUGGAUGUUGGAGAUGGCGGACCUGAGAUAGAAAAAAACAGAUUUGACACUGCCACACUUCCAGAAUUCAAGUUGAACAGGAAGUACAGGGACACCCUGAUGCUUCAUGGGAAGGCUCGAGAGGAUGCAGAGAACCUGUCACUUGGCGAAAUACCAUACGAAGGCUCAACAUCUGGUCCAGCCAAGAUAAGAAGAGUUAUAGAGCACCUGCGAACAGAUGUGGUCAAAGGGCUGGGUGUCAAGCUGUUGGACAAAGUGCUCGAAAUCAUGGAGGAAGAAGAUGAGACUAAAAGAGAACUGUGCCUUCGUGACCAGAUGGGAGAUAAGUACCAAACCUAUGCUGUGAUGGUGAGGCAGCUCAAGUUUUUUGAAGACAUUGCUCUCAAAGUUUAAAGUGCACACAUUAGAACAUUUCCUUAAAAUGUCAGAUUCAACAGAGGCAAGCAUCUUGGCAUGUUUGACAUUAUAAGGGAUUACGUAUUCUUCACUGCUCAGCCAUGAAAUUGAUACGUUA